AUGUCGAUGAUGGAAAUUGCCAUCCGUUGCAACAUGUAUGUCGCCACCUUCAUUAAGAGGUCUACCAAAAAGGACACCUCCAAAGCAGGCUGGGCAAUGCUGCAUGAGAAUGGAGGCACACCGGCCUUGGAUCAAUGUUGUACUGGAUUGUAUGGGGGUAGUUACGCCAGGGUUCUCUUGAGAUUGAAGUUUACGGGCCUCAUACACUUGUUCACAACAAAUUUGAAGUGUCGCUUCAGUCUGCCAUUCGACCUCAAUCUGGAGGAUGUCGAACCACUGGACAGCUUGGCCAAGUCCACGACGAAAUGGUUCUUGAAUAAGUUGGCCCUAUAUUUUAAUGAGUUAUUGUCUGAAAACCUGAAAUGUCAAAACUCACAUCUUAGGGCUGCACACCAUCGCCGUAAUAGACGGUUUGUACGGCGACCAUCGACGGAUACAGUUGCUGUACCGGCGGGUCUGCAAAGGGAGGCAGACAGGUACGGUGUACGGCUUGGCCAUACACCAUACAAACCGUCUUCCAUACGGCCAUUGAUGGUACCUUUACGGCUUAUACGGUUGGAACAGGGUGCCGGUUUACCUGGUGAACCUUCCACAACUCCUCUAGUAGAGAAUUCCCCUACCAGUACCGAGCCCUUGACAGGGAAAAAACGUAAGCGCAAGUCAUCAGACAGCCAUGGCGAAAACAAGACGAAGAGUUCAAAAUGUCCACGAUCGCAAGAACAGGAAGAUGAGGAGCCAAGCCAUCAGGAACCCACCCAGGACCCGGGAGAGAUGCAACUCGGUGGAGUGCAACAAGUCGUCAUCACUGCCAUUCACGCAACUGAUCUCACUCUUGGUCUCCGACGGAUCCCCGCUGGCUUCCAUGUCGUGGUCAAGACUGACGGCGCUGAAUGCCAGACAAGCAAUAAAUCUGUAAAUGCAGACCAGGCUGCCGUGGAAUGUGACGAGCGCAUUUUGCUGUAA